GCUUCUCCCAUACGCUUCCGCCUUGCAAAAGUAAAAUGUAGUAGAUUUGACUGUAGUAGAUUUGACUGCAGUUUCAAUUUCGAAGGACGUCGUUGAUAAAUUGGAUUAAAAGCAUUAAUGUGAAUUAGCGAAAAUGUUCCCUGGGAGUAAAGUUUCAAACGACAACGGCUUUUGGCCAUGCAUUGGAAUAGCAGCUCUUAACGUCAACAACAGCUCGAGCGGGUUUGGUCGCAAGCCUCUGGUAAGGCCAGAACUGAAAACUCUAAACCAGUUCACAGGGAACGGUAUCCAGGGCUCGGUACCAUCCUCGCCUGAGACGGACUGCGAGGAAAGAGAUGAUUACACCUCCAUCUACGCCGCCAUGGAAAUGGACACGCGAGAGAUUAUUGACAUUUUCUUAAAAACCUAUACAGGACUCCCUCAUUCUAAAAAAAGUGGAAAAAACCCGGUUCUGUCUACGAUGAAGCGGGUCGUGGACAGUCUCGUGGUGAAGCACGAACUGGCUUACAAAGGUAUGAUUGGACGGCUGAAUCUGGAGCAGAAAGGAGAAGAUGUGAGUUUUGUCAAGACUGUGGCAACAGAACUCUUCAGCGAUGGCAUCACAAACUGGGGUCGCAUUGCCAGCCUGCUGACUUUUGGGGCAAUCUUAUGCAAGCAUCAGACUGAUAGAGGACUUAGCAAGUGUGUGAGUCUGGUGGGGGAAGAGAUCUCUUCCUAUAUUCUCACAGACCAACGGGACUGGCUGCUCAAAAACAAAGCAUGGGAUGGCUUUGUGGAAUUUUUUCAUGUCCCGGAUACAGAGGCAGCUGUGAGAAACACAUUGAUGGCCAUCGGUAGCGUGGCAACAUUCGGAGCUGCACUUGCUUAUUUGAUACGGUGAAUCCAAAUGGACUUUGUGACAGAUAUUGAAAAACAAAAAGGACUCUAAGUGAACAUGUUUUUUUUUCUUCUUUGAAACAUCUAAGAGAAAUCAGUUUGCUUUUUGUUUUCAAUAUUUUUUUUUUUUGAAUUUCAAGUGUAUAUAAAAACUGGUUCCAAUGGAAAACUAUUUUUUUAUUAAAAAGUAAAAUUUAAAAUGUUCAGAUCUCAAUUGUUGAUGUGCAGGUAACUCUUUCAAUGCCAGUUUUUGUGUGCAGUUUACACAAGAAUCGCAUGUUAAAUUGUCAUUACACAUCCAGCAGUGUUCUGUAUGCCAGAGAUAUACUUGGCUAAAUUGGGAAUUUUGAAAAAGCCGUACAUUUAAAAUUCACAACUAUUUGUUGCAACAGAUUUUAAAAAAUUGUGUAAUUAGCCAUUUUAGCACAACACCUUUUCACAAUGUCACUUUUUGUUUCAGAAAUAUUCUCUUGCGAUAUAGUGCAUGUAUCCACAUAUGACUUCAGGUGCUGGCUUUAGCUGAUAAGUAAGCUUUAAAGCUUUUAUCUAAAAGCUUAUGGUGGUUCUGUUUUUGAGUCCUAAGCUUAGGACUAUGAUAGCUAACCACAAGGCUGCUAAAUGUUUUCAUUGCCUGCAGAUUGACCUUUUGGAUACACUGAGAAGUUUGAGAAGUCAUGGUCAAUGAGAAGUCAUGGUCAAUGAUCUUUUUCUGUGAAUCCUUUUUUCUAAACUGCAAAUUAAACCUAGUUUUAAUAUUCUUAGUUAAUUAAUCUCUCACCACCAUUAAAUGUGUGGCUAGGUAAAGUACAAACUGUAUGUGCUUUAUUUAGCUAAUCAUUUGUAGCUUCAAAGGUUUUCUAGCUUUUCAUCUGUACAUGUUGUUAUACAGCAGACUUGUGUAAAUUAAAGAGUUGACCAUAUCUAUAUGUUAUUGUGGCCUUCUGAAAAAGUCGCACUGUACUGUGGAAAUAUUUUAGCAAGUUUGUCAGACACAAAGAAACUCAUUGAUGUAUGUGAACACCAUUCAAGGGGGGAGGGAGGAAUUCAUGUAUCUUAUUUCAAAGAGUUGAUUUUGUUUGCUUAGCCAAGUUGUUGAAUCACACUGUUCAAACUGUAGGACCCAAGCAUAUUAAUACUUCAUAUACAAACCCCUUGCCAUCCUUUUAGCUUUUGCCAUAAAGGGUUUGUAACCAAAUCUUCCAGCCACCGAUGUCUAUGAUUAUUUGUACAUCUGAGUAUCUUGACUGUAAUCCUGGCUCAAAAUAUAUUUUUAUUUUGUCACCU